AACCCGCUCGGGAGCUGAGCGCGACGCUGGGUGAUCUCGGCGGCGGUCGCCCCGAUGUUUUCCCCCAGCCAGGAGGAACACUGCGCCCCGAACAAGGAGCCCGUCAAGUACGGGGAGCUGGUGGUGCUGGGGUAUAAUGGCUCCCUCCCUAAUGGUGACAGAGGACGCAGGAAAAGCAGAUUCGCCCUUUAUAAGCGACCUAAAGCAAAUGGAGUUAAACCCAGCACUGUUCAUGUGAUUUCUACUCCUCAAGCAUCCAAGGCUAUCAGCUGCAAAGGUCAGCACAGUAUCUCUUACACUUUAUCCAGAAAUCAGACGGUUGUAGUGGAGUACACACAUGAUAAAGAUACAGACAUGUUUCAGGUUGGGAGGUCAACAGAAAGCCCCAUAGACUUUGUAGUGACAGAUACUAUUUCUGGGAGUCAAAACAACGACGAAACUCAGAUUACACAGAGCACCAUCUCCCGCUUUGCGUGCAGGAUUGUUUGUGACAGGAGCCCACCGUACACAGCAAGGAUUUUUGCAGCUGGAUUUGACUCUUCUAAAAACAUAUUUCUUGGUGAAAAAGCAGCAAAAUGGAAAAAUCCUGAUGGCCACAUGGAUGGGUUAACAACCAAUGGGGUGUUGGUGAUGCAUCCAAAAGGAGGGUUCACUGAGGAGUCUAAACCUGGAGUUUGGCGUGAGAUCUCUGUCUGUGGGGAUGUGUACACCCUCCGGGAAACCAGAUCUGCUCAGCAAAGAGGGAAGCUGGUAGAAAACGAGACCAACGUCCUACAAGAUGGCUCCCUCAUUGACCUGUGUGGAGCCACCCUUCUGUGGAGAACAGCAGACGGACUGUUUCACACCCCGACCCAGAAACACAUCGAAGCUCUGCGGCAGGAGAUCAACGCCGCCAGGCCGCAGUGUCCCGUCGGUUUAAACACUUUGGCGUUUCCCAGUAUCAACCGUAAAGAUGUGGUGGAAGAGAAGCAGCCCUGGGCAUACCUCAGCUGCGGUCACGUUCACGGCUAUCACAACUGGGGACAUCGCAGUGACACAGAAGCUAACGAGCGGGAAUGUCCGAUGUGCAGAACCGUUGGCCCCUACGUGCCUCUCUGGCUUGGUUGCGAAGCAGGCUUUUACGUGGAUGCCGGCCCUCCGACUCAUGCUUUCACCCCUUGUGGACACGUGUGCUCUGAGAAGUCUGCAAAAUACUGGUCUCAGAUCCCGCUGCCUCACGGUACUCACGCAUUUCAUGCUGCCUGCCCUUUUUGUGCGACACAACUGUCUGGGGAACACAACUGCGUCAAGCUUAUUUUUCAGGGCCCAAUCGACUGAUGUCACUUUUGCGAUGACCACGAUAGCGUUUUGUUUAACAACUUACUGUGAAAAUUUUGCCACUAACUCUAGAUUUUACCUUUUUUUAUAACGUUAUUAAUAGGGUGGUGGGGUGGGGAUGGGGAACUGGCAAAGGAAACGGUGAGGAACUGUGGUGGAAUGGGAUACAUUGAUACCUGGAACUCGACAGAUAUCAGUGGGGUUGCAUGCUCAAAAGCAGCAUAUUCACAAAGUCUUCUUGGUCAAAUUGUAGUAUAUUUGUAAUCUUUUUAUUAGUACCCUGGAUCAGAAAAAGAUGUCUUAAUGAUUUUUUUAAGCUAAGAUUUUUUAAUGGAAAGGUUUUUCUUCUAAACUUUGACAAGCCUUUAAAACCUAUUUUUCAAACCUAGAAGGAACGUACAGAAUGUAACUGUCUUUAAUUUGCAGUAUAAUUUAACUUGAAUAGUUUCUCAAGGAGCUAAAGCAGAAUGUGUGGACAGCCAUAGGUGAAUGUUCACUAGAGAUAAUUGGAUAUGUAAGAGAAAAAUUAGCUGCCUAAAUUGCAGAGUAUAAAUGUAAUUAAAAUAUCUAUUAUGGUAUAACACAGCUGGCCAACAAGGCAUCAAGGAUUACUUGAAACUGAGGAAAUCCUGUUUGCAUUGAUUUCUUUUCAGUGUAAUAGAUGUCCACUGCUCGUUAUGUGUAGUGUGUGGCUGGGUUUUGUUUUGUUAUUCCUUCCCUGUUUACCUUGCAUAUGGUGAAACCUCUUUACUUUUCUACAUACAUCUGGUUUUAAGCCAGCCUUCUGUAUACGUGUAGUCUGAUCUUUGUGUUUCUGCUUAGCUUAGCUUGCCCUACCUGCGCCUUGCAUGCCCAGAACCGUUGGGUUGAGAUGUAGCAAGCCUUGAAAAACUAAAUCCAAGAAAGGGAUGUAGUGCUACAGCAAAACAGCAGAUUCAGGUGCAAUUGACACACAACUUAUUUACAUAGACCUGAAUUCAGGGAAGCACUUAAUUAACAUACAAGUAUAAUCCCACAGAUGGGAUUCAAGGAUCUGAGUGCUUCAAUGGGUCGUGGCUAUGCACUGUUACUCUUUGAAGUAAUAAAAAAAAGCAAAGGUUAAAAAUAAUUUAUUUGAGUUCACUUAGUAGCCAAAAUGCUGUGAGGAGAGCAUCCUUUCUGGUUCAGCUGAGUAUUUCUGUUCAAUUUUCAACUAGCUGCCAUCUGUCACCUCUUUAUGCAGAUUGAGAUGUGUUUGUAUCUUCCUUUCUUAAAUGUUUGCAAAUCAAACAACAUUCAGAUGUAAUCAGAUCCACGUAUCGGGGUGGUACAUCUGAAGUGGAUCACUUGGAAUUCCUGACUCUUUAAGGGAGCUGAUAAAUAUUUACUGUGGAGAUAAUUAAAUCAGAAUUUCAUAUGAGAUGUAGCCUGCCCACUGUUAGUGUCAUUUCAUGCAGAGUGAGAACUCUGAUUUGGUUUCUGCCUUUUGCUUUCUGUGCUCUUGGUAUCUGAGGUAUCAAUCUAUCCAGUCUAUAAAGUAAAACAAAAUGGGAGAAAAUUACAGCAUCUCCAGACUCGAACUCAGUUCUGUUUGAUCAACUGUAGCUUUUUGCUAUAUUUGCGCCCUUUGUAUAAAUAGAUAAUUUAUAUGAUUUUAAUAUAUUCUGUAUAUAUACUUGAAUUGGCCUGUUCAUAUUUUGGUUGUAAAAUUAUUUUAUAGUUAACCUUAUAAACAUUUAACGUGUCCCUUGCUGGUGGUGCUGGGACAUGCUUUGUCUGCUGCUGGUUUUAGUGUAAUUUUGCUGUAUAAAUGUUCAGCAUUUUAAUAAUUUGAAAAUAGCUUUACUUUUUACUGCUUUUUGCUGUUUGUUUUUGGUUUUUUCAGUUUUGUUCUGUAGCAUUUUCUCUAAGAAAAAUCAAACUGUACAGUUUUGUCCCGCUCAGUGAUUGGAAAUAGGAUGCAUCUUGUUAACAGAAAACAAUAUGCUUCUUCCUAGUGCCUUCUCAAUGAGAUCCUCUUGUGAUUCCGUGUGCUGAGUCCUUACUCCCACAAGACAACCUUGUGGCUUCAUCAAGAAUGGCGAUCCAACCAGAUGGGGAAGAAACGCCUUUGGCCUUCAGUUCCUCCUGGUUUCUGUUGUAAAUGUGAAGGUGCCUCUUCCCUGUUUAUAUUCAGUACGAGUUCCUCAGGUUCCACAUGCAUAGUGCAGCAUUAUUUCUGUUUAGCAUAUACCUCAUCUGUGAGAGGCAGUCUCACCUCCACCUCGUUCCUAUUGGACUCGGGAGUGCUUAACUUUGUUUCUCACAAGAGAUGCAAUGAAAACACACUUUCAGGAAAUGCUGACUGUUGAAUUCUGGCCGUGAGCUGUGUGUUUAUGCUGGGGGGGGGCAGAAGUCUUGGGUUCCAUGUGCAACAUCUUCACCAGCCUGGGCUGGCAGCUGCCUUUUCCUGAGCUUUAGCUCAUUGGGACACGCGUGUCUCCUUUUGAGCCUAAAUGGAUGUAAAGCACAGGUUCCAAGGCACCUCCAUUAUUGUGCUUCACUUGCCUCCUUUUCUGCUGCAGAUGAAUUGUUGCUUCGGGGCUUACAUGUAGCUGUGCCCUGUGCAAAGUGCAUGCACAGAGCUAGAGGAGCGCGUGUUGGAAGUGCCAGCACUCCAUCUGGUCGCUGUGUUUGGUGUGCAGUGAAAGACAGGUGAAUGGUUUGUGUCUGAGGGAAGCGUCCUUUCAAAAGGCUGUGUUUUAAGCAGAAUUCCUUUGCUUUCACUGUCAGCAGUUCUGUAUGAUGAAAAUACUGCAGGAGGGAAAACUUCUGUCUGGGAAGCAAGCUUCAGCAGCCCCCACGUAUAAAUCCAGGUACUUUGCCAUGAACAGUACUCAAAUCUAGGGUGCAUCCUACAAGGCUGGGUUUUCUGGGAAGGCAGAGGAGUUGGUAGCAUUGUUUUCCUCAACCACCAUUGCCACGUGUGCUGCUCUGAUUAACCGAGGGGCUGCUCAAUUGCUUAUCCAUUUCUCUUUCUCUCAUCUCAAUAACCACACGGCUUCUCAUUCUGCUAACUCAACUGGAAGCAGUAGAUUCUAGACAAGCAAGACUGAUCCUGUUUGGAGAGACUGAACUUGAGAACCACACUCAUACUUUGUUUUGAAAGCUCAUUUCAUGAUCUCAGCGUUGAGUUUCUUACAUACCAUUUCAAGCACUGGCAGCAUAUUCUGUAAAGUUUUUUUUUUUAACCUGUUAACUCAAUUUGAAUGCUUCAGAAACAGCUUUGACUGCAUAACUUAAAGUUAAAAGUAUUUUUUUUCUAGUCUGAUCUUUAAAGCAGGAAAAAGUCUGUCAUACCCAUGCAUGCUGGAGCUGUAACACUUCUCUUUUUCCUGGCAGCUUCUUGGUAGAAUGCUGAAGUCUCAAUAGGCAGCUCAGUAGUGAGUGUUGUUCUUUUUUGAACCGUGGUCCAACUUGUACAAAAGAGUUAGCAUGAUACUGCAUUUUAAUCAAGAUAUUUUUUUUUCAAGUGUGGUCACUUUGUGCCUCUGGUACAGUAGCAGUACUGUGCUGGCAUAGCAAUUAAAGGAGGAUUGUGUUUCUUGGGGAGGAUGGGAAUGGGACUGAAAGGAGACGAAAGCCGCUGUCGGACUGCUUCCAUGAACUGCUGUGCCAGGAGCUGUGACCAUAACCGUUCUGCUUGCAGCCCCGGUUCAUGCUGCAAAAAGCACUCACUUUUGUUAGGAGGCCCCAUAAUAGAUUGGGAAGGCUGUGGUCAUCCCAGGAAAAUACUGGUUGUGAACAUGGCAGCGCCUGGAAUUGAAGGAUUCUGCUUCAGAGCCCGAGCAGGGAGGUGUGGAGAUGCUGGGCUGGGGCUGCCCUGAACAGCUGGGAGUCGCAUUGAGAAUGCAACACACUGACCAGGAUUUACUGGAACGCCAUGUACCUCGUGAAAUAAGCUCUUGGUUGGGGCUGUGGGAGCUCUCCCUUUGCUGCUCACUCGUUUUUCUGCUGUUUUGUUUCUGGAAGCCGUCACGUUUCUGUGCAUCUAGUUCAUUUCUCUGGGCUGAGAGAUCCGUUGGUAGCGAUCUGGCCAUCGUUACCACUGAUGGUCAUUGGAAAGCAUUUGUAAUGUGCUAGGAAAACUGACUCCAGUUUGAAAGGAGCUGUGCUUGUCCAUUUCUGUCAAGGAUCGUAUUGGAGAGAGUGGUCAGUCUCGUUUUACCCACAGUUAUUGCUGACUUUCUGCACUGGAUGUGGAUGAGUGGCUCCCACGUUAUGGACAUGUAGAGCUGUUGACCCAACGAGGUGGGAGGCAGAAAUCUGUUGGGCGUUGGGGCUGAGUAGAUGUGGGCAGCCCAACUUCUGGAGUAUUCUGACCGAGGAUCCUUCCUUCCUACUCAUUUACUCAGUUUUCAGCCUCUUGUGAGUUCUUGGUUUCUUUCUUUCUCUACUUACCUGCCUCGUUGCAGGUACACCAGUAAAUGUGGCUUGAAAAGAAGGCAGGGAAAAGAAAUAGAUGCCUUCAGGCUUGCUUCUUUUUAAGGAAAACGAGUUACAAAUGUCUUUGAUUUUUUUCCUCAAUGUUUGUAUUUCAUGAGCACUCUUCACAACCUGCACACUCAGUAUUGGUGAAUUAAAGGGAUGAGCUUAGAAGAUCAUGAGCUUUUUGGGGGGUGUGGGGGUAGUUGCUGGGCUGAGAAGUUGCAGCGUGCAAACCGGGUCCCACUGACUGCAGCAGGGCACCUUGGGGUUGAAAUCCCUUCUGUUUCCAUCUCAGUGCUUAGGGAUGGGUGUCAAGGGAUCAAACGCGUGGUGAAGAGCCCCUGUUGCUGCCAUACAGCCAUAGGAACAGCCUCAGCCACGCAGUGUGAUGGAGAAGCGUUCACCUUCCAGCAGCAUUAGCAGCUCGUAGACUUCUGGGUGUGUUUGUAAAGCUGCUCUUUUCUACACUGUGUGAAAUGAACUGAAAUGAUUUCUUUGUUGUUGUACCCGUGGAAGUA